AUGGGCACCGACAACAGGAUCCUUCGCGUGGGAAUAAUUGGAUGUGGCGAAAUCACUCAAGUCGCCCAUAUCCCAACUCUCGGCUUCCUCUCAGAUUACUUCCAAGUCACCUACCUAUGUGAUGUCUCCGACAAUGCACUCUCGCACUGUGCCAAAAAGGUUAUCGGGGGUACUCCAAAGACCACCCGCAAGGCAGAAGAUCUCUGCGCCUCCCCAGAUGUGGACAUCGUAAUGAUAGCCAACAGCGACGCCUUCCACGUUCCGCACGCCGUCCUAGGUUUGAAGCACGACAAAGUCGUCUUCAUCGAGAAACCCAUGGCUCUCUCCCUACAAGACGCGGACCGGCUCAUCGAUCUCGAGAAGCAAUCUUCCGGAAAGGUCAUGGUGGGGUAUAUGCGGCGGUAUGCGAGCGGGUUCAUCGACGCGGUCAAGGAAAUAGGAAGCUUUGAUCAAGUGUGCUAUGCGCGCGUGCGAGAUAUCGUCGGCCCGAACUCGGAUUUCGUGGGCCAGUCUGGGACGUUUCCUAAGGUUUUCUCGGAUUACAGAGAGGAGGAUGUGAAGGAAUUGUCGAACAAGACAAGCGAGUUCUUGGAACAGGCUUUGACGACGGAAUUGGGGAUUCCGGUUACGGCUGAUACUGCUGCUCAGUGGAGGAAUUUGGGGAGUCUUGGAUCUCAUGAUCUUAGUGCUAUGAGAGAGGCUCUUGGUAUGCCGACGGCUGUGCUUGGUGCUUCUUUGUGCUCUGCGACGGGACCGCCGUUCUGGAGUGCACUCUUCCAAUAUCCUUCUUUUGCUGUGUCUUAUGAGUCUGGAAUUGAUGAUGUCCCCCGUUUUGACGCGUCGAUUGAGGUCUUUGGUGGGAAUAAGACUGUCAAGGUCUGCAUUGAUUCGCCUUAUGUCAAGGGGUUGCCUACCACUAUGCACAUUCGUGAGAAGUUGGAAAAUGGCUCAUUCCGGGAGUCUGUGGUUCGGAAGACGUAUGAGGAUGCGUAUACUUUGGAAAUGAAGGAGCUUUAUGCAUUUGUUGUUGAGGGUAAGCCGGCCAAAACCACUUCGGAGGAUGCUAAGAAGGAUCUUGAGAUCUUCGGUAUGAUUAUGAAGGCAGGUCUGGAAGGACAAGCUAGACUUAACAAGGUUGUUCAAAACUAG